CAAGUUCAGUGAAUUAUGCGCUCAAUGCUUCAGUACGGUGCCAUGUGUUAACGUUUCCGCGUGUUGCCUGCGUACAUGAGAUUAAUGAAACUAAGGAGCCGCGAUCUUUGUUAAUAAAUUUAUUAUAGUGACCCUGUAUAUUUUAAGUGACCCUCAAGAUGUUGCACAAGAUAAUGUCGUCUGUGGUGGCGGUCGUCGCUAUUGGGUCAGGCGUUCUCCUCAUGUAUGCCGUCCAGGUGAUACCAGAUAAGCCUAAUCUCGACUUCCAGAGAUGGUGGGGCAUCGGGCCGAGGCCGCGCCAGGAAGACACCUCCGUCAGAACCUUCCAUUUAGAUUUUAAUGAUACAAUGGUCCUGGAUUUAAAGCAGAGGUUACGCAAUCGCCGGCCCUUGACAAAGCCUUUGGAAGGAGUGCAGUCUGAAUACGGAAUGAACACGGUAUAUUUGGAGACAAUUAUCACCCAUUGGCUGGAGAGGUACGACUUCAAGAAAAGGGCUCAGCUUUUGAACAGAUUCUCUCACUACAAAACUAGAAUACAAGGUUUGGACUUGCACUUCAUUUGGGAGAAGCCCAAGAUAAAGGACCCCAACGUUAAGGUGCUUCCACUGCUAAUGUUACACGGAUGGCCCAGUUCUUCCAAGGAGUUUGUCAGAGUUAUACCGAUGUUAACGUCGCAAAAAGAUGGAUAUGAUUUCGUAUACGAGGUUGUUGCUGUGGAUCUACCAGGGUUCGGAUUUUCUGAGGGCACCAACAAAAGAGGCUUGAAUCCUGUACAGAUUGGGAUAAUGAUGAGGAAUCUGAUGAAACGGCUGGGUUUCCAGAAAUACUACAUUCAGGCUGGAGACUGGGGUUCGCAGUGUGCCACACACAUGGCCACUAUAUUCCCCGAUGAAAUUUUAGGGUUCCAUACAAAUAUGCCUCUUUCGUCUAAGCGGAAGAGUUUCGCAAAGUUCGUAAUAGGAGCGUUUUUCCCGAGACUAGUAGUGAAUGCGGAAUACCAGGACAGGCUUUAUCCCAUGCUGGGGCUGUUGUCCUAUAUAAUGAGAGAAAGUGGAUAUUUCCACAUGCAGGCUACGAAGCCAGAUACUAUCGGCGUAGCACUAACAGAUUCACCCGUGGGUCUCGCCGCGUACAUCAUAGAGAAGAUGGGCAUCUGUAGUAACAGAGACCAAUUGGACACUCCUCACACGGGGAUAGAGAACUUGAAUUUGGACGACGUGUUGGACACAAUAACCAUAGCGUGGGCAAACAACUGCAUAGUGACUUCCAGUAGGAUUUACUAUGAGGGAAUGAGAGGCUAUGAGAUUAACAUACUUCAUGAAAUCCCCACACCAGUGCCAACAGCAGUGGUGAACUUCAAAUACGAGGUGUUAUAUCAACCGGAUUGCAUGUUGCGAGACAAGUUUCCCAAUCUGGUGAGAUCCAGCACUUUUAGCGUAGGCGGCCAUUUUGCGGCUCUGCAAACACCGCAUAUGUUAGUAGAAGAGGUCUUCGCUUCAACAAAGGCGUUCUUAGAUUUCCAUAGCAAAAACAAGAAUAGGAAUACUAAAUCUUCUAGCUAAUUUUUUUUUCCCCCACCGAGGCCUCGUUUUAGUAAGUUUAGACUUUAAUACACAAUAAGAAGGCUGCUUAACUUAAGUUAAUAAUUAACGAAGGCCAAAUAUUUUAUACCUUGAUCGAACUAAUUGGCUGUAAACUGACCUAGGUUCAUAUAAAAUAUACAACAGCUAUCAUUACACUAUGUAAACGAUCACUGAUCAGUUGACUGACAUAUAGUUGGAUCUCUACUACGGGUACUAAGUACUAGGGUUGUAUUAUCUAAGUCGUAAUUUUACAAUAUAAAGAUGAAGUAAUAGAGGAACGGCACUCGUACUAUUUUUUUCGCAUAAAUUUAAUAAUGUAAAAAAUUCAUACGCAAAACAAAAUCAUUUCAUAGACAGAACUGCUUUCCAAUUCGAGCCUUAAAUACGUAUAGUUGCUUAUUAAUUAUGAUAGGUAAUUUUCAAAACAUAAAAAUUAAUAUAAAUCUCUGAAAUUAAUACGAUAGUUUUCAUAUAUUGAGUACUUCAUAUUAUCUGUAUAAAUUGCACCCUAGAUAAGUAGUUGGUUAUUCUCAGACUGUAUUGCUGUAUAGACUGAGUAUUUUUAAUUAUUUUAAAAAAAUAAAAUAAGUUAAUUGUAGAUUUAGCUGGCUAGGUUUUUUUAAUGAUGUUAUUAUAUUGUUACCACAAUUUAUUGUAAUUGAGGUCAAACAUUAUAGUUUUCAUGGCUCAAUGAGAUCUUUGACUUAUAGCUAUACCUAAAUGAAAUAUAUUUGUACAUUUCGGGGUGUUUUUUAAUUCUUUUUUUCGAGUUUUAAAGCACAUAAUAAUAUAACAUUUUCAGUAUUGAAAUAUGUGCUAGUAUUUUUAAAUAAUUAAGUUUAAGCCUUGCCUGAAUGUGAUCAAAUAGACAUAAGAAUAAUAUUAAAUGAUUUUUGGUAACAA